AGUGUCUCUUAACAGUGGGCCAAUCUUUAAUGCGUCACAAGAAGUGAUUGUACAAGAAGGAGAUCACAUUUCCAUUGGUUGUGAUUAUUGUUUCUACAAUAUCUACAUUAAAUAUCUCAUCAAAACAAAUCUCUCUGAUUACAAUCAACUAGGAAUAUUUUUUCAUGGAAAUUAUAUGACUAACAUCACUACAUCUCACUCCUUUCAAUGCUGCCAGCAUGAUGGCGGAUGGAAGUGUUCACUAAGUACAAUUAUAAAUGUGACAAAAAAUUCAUUAAGUAAGCAACUCAAUAAUAAUAUUAUUUUAGUUUUUUAGAUCCAUGUGAAUGCAAUUGCACUCAACCCCUACCAAUAACAGAAACUGCUACAUACACAGAGACGGUUACAUCAAUAACAACAAAUGAUGUAACUAUGACAAAAUUCCUAAUAACAGACUCAGUUAUCAGUAUUACCACGAGUACUUUUGGUAUUACUGUACACUCAUCAAUCAGUGACAUAGUGGUGACUAGUAGCUUAAGUGCAGCUCCUACAGUGACUGAUACUGUUAUUUACUUUACUGAUACUGCAACAAAAAUAACCAAGUUGGAGACUACUAACAAAACAUUGAUUACCACAACAAGUACUGAUACUGCAACAAAAAUAACCAAGUUGGAAACUAAUAACAAAACAUUGAUUAUCACAACAAGUGCAGCUGCAGGAGGUGUUUGUUCAAUUGUAUUUUUAACUAUCAUCUUUUUCUGUUCAUACUUUGCCUUAAAGAGGAGAAAACAAAUGAGCAUUGCACAAAUACAAGGAGAACCUCAGCUCUGUCAAGCACUGCCAUAUUGGAAGAAAAAGUGAAUGUAUCAGAAUGCCAAGCGUAUGGAAAACUUGAUAAAGAAAGAGUAAAGGUAUCAGAAUGCGAAGCAUAUGGCAAACUUGACCAGAUGAGAAUAACAAGAAACACAAGUUAAUAAUUAUAAUGAUAAUUAUAAA